AUGUCUUCCUCUUCCACCUCCUCGUUGGCGGAUGAUGCGUUACUUCUGGCGAAAAAAGUCGGCUUGCACGACCAGUCGUCGUAUUCGCUCGUUCGUCGUGGUGUACUGCGGAGUUGUCGCACCGAAAGAGGUGACGAUGAAAUUUUGCAAAAACACGAUGAUGCGAGUGGGAGGAUGAAACUCUUCGAGUGCGUGGAACUCGUCGAUGCGGCGGCACAUUCAGUGAAAAGCAGGAGCGGUGCGAUGAAUGCUGCGAAAACGAAAAAGAAUGCGAAAGAAGACGUAUUUGUCGAUGAAGAAAACGACGACGACGUCAUUGACGAGAGGCAUAAAGUGCGGAAACUAAAUACUUUUGGAGAUGAUACAGAAAGACAGAGGAUGAUGGAGAAGGAUUUUUGCCUCUACGCGGGCGGCGCGGUGGAAAGUUUAGAUUGGUUGGACGACGAUAUCAUCGACGAAGAAGAAGAGUCUGCUUCUUUGUCUUCCUCUCGAGCGUUUUUGGCGGUGGAAGCGAGAGAGGACUCAAAGAACGCGCGCGUGAAGAUAAAAGACGCGUUCGCGAGGAAAGGUGAAUUUGGCGUGGUGCAAGUGUAUCGGUGCGCUUCUUCUUCUUCUUCUUCUUCUUCUUCUUCUUCUUCUUCGAGUCCAAUGAAAAUGCAUUUGGAGUGUUUAAUCGAACACGACGGUGGGUUCGCGCAUUGCGUGAGAUGGUUGCCGAACUUGCCGAUGAAGAAGAAAGUGAAGGAGAAGAAGAAGGAAAGGGACAAAGAAAAGACGGCGACGAUAAACAAGAAGAAGGAGAGUAAAGUCGACGCGGAGAAUGAGGUGGAAAUAAAAGUAGAAUACGAAAUAGAAGCGUCGCGGUCGGUGUUCGACGCGAAAGUGAACAAUCUGAAGAUGAAGGAUAUCGAAGACGCGAGGAAAGAUAUUUUAGGAUACUUGGCCGCGUGUUUAGCCGACGGCUCGGUGCAAGUGUGGGCGGUGCCGAACGCAAAGAAGAAGGAUAGCAAAAAGAAAGAAACCAAUAUAACAGUGUUGAAAGCGGAGAACGUGUGCAUAUUUAGAGGCGCAUUGGUGACAAAAAAUCCACUGCGCGGCGGGUUGAGUUUGUCGUGGAGUCAAGGCGCACCCGGUCGAUUGGCAGUCGGAACCGUAGACGGAAGCGUCUGCGUGUUUGAUAUUCAUCGAUGCAUGCAAUAUGACAUCGAAAAUAACGUAAGUUAUAGCAAGAGUAGUAACGAGAAGUACUUCGCGCACGUGCCAACGAUUACGGUCACCAUGGAAGAAGCGGGUCCAAUACGCGACUUAGAAUUCGCGCCGUUAGAAGACGAAGACGAAAACAGAGAGGACGAAAAGAGCGUCGAAGACGACAUCAAACGUAAAAGGCUCGCGUCCGCAAAUUUUAUCGCCGUAGCUGCUCAUAAAGUUUCUAAGGCGAACGUGAUUGAUUUGCGUUCGCGUUCGGUACUCCCGGAAUCUUUUCAAAUCGAGAAAUGGAUGGACGAUAUUCGCUCCGUCGCGUGGCUUCCGAAAGGCGCGUACAUUUACGGUUGCGACGGAACCGUCGGUUUUAACGGUAAGUUUUUGUUACGACAAUACGAUGGUCCCAUAUGCUGGGAGGAUGACGAACAAGAAGUUAGAUAUGGAGGAACAGUCGGGAUAAAGUUACCCGCCGCGGAUGACAUUCUCAAGGAUAUUAAAAACGCCACGAGCAAAGACGCCAUCGAUUAUACGAAAAAAUCUGGCGGUAUGCCUUGGUCCAUCGAUUCGCGCAUUUUUGGAACUCGAGGUUCACGCAACAAGUGCUCGUUUGUCGUCGUAGGAUCAAAUUCUGGCGUUGUUUCUGCUUCUGUGCAGCGAUACCGGAUGAAAGAGUCCAAGAAUAAAGACGCGUUGUGGAAAGCUCAAGGCGGUUGGUCGGCGUUUGAGCAAAUCGGAGGAAUGAGAGAGGUACGCGUCAAGAAGGAAAGAUUCGUAGAAUUUCGCACGCCUGGAGACGAAGAUAUCCUUUUGAAAAAAGAAGGUGGAGAGGCUCAAGAAGAGGAUGACGAGGAAGGAUUUCGCAUGAGGAAAGGAUUGGAGUGUCACGAAGUUCGCGUGAACAGAACAGGUAACACGGUUUGGAUCGCCUCUGGAUUUGUGAAUGGGUUCGUCCGAGUCCAAUCGCUCGAGAGAGCGUAUUUGGACAAGAUUUGCGAUAUACAAAGCGACGAGAUGGAUAAGUGGCUUCACAAGGAACCCUUUGGAUCAUGA